GUUUAAUGAUUGAUUCCCUGUGGUCUGAGAGUAUAAAAGAGGCACAAGAUCACCUCAUAUUGACCUUCACUGCCUUCACUGCCUGCCCUGCCACCAUGUCUUUUACUGGAAAGUACCAGCUGGAGACUCAGGAGAACUUUGAGCCUUUCAUGAAGGCUAUGGGUGUCCCUGAUGACCUCAUCCAGAAAGGCAAAGACCUCAAGAGCAUCUCAGAAAUUGAGGAGAAUGGCAACAACUUCAAAGUGACCGUCACAACUGGCUCUAAAGUCCUCGUCAACACCUUCACCAUCGGACAGGAGGCAGAGCUGGAGAACGUCACAGGAGAGAAGAUCAAGACGGUGGUUCAGCGAGAAGGCAACAAGCUGAAGUUCUCCAUGAAGGGAAUAGAGUCGGUCACAGAGCUGGUGGAUGGGAACACGAUUGUCAAUACGAUGACUCUCGGCGGCAUUGUAUACAAGAGGACAAGCAAGCGCAUGUGAAUGUCUACACUUGGAUAAUAAAAAAAUUAAAAAGCAGCAACUGUCUUGUGGUUUUGAUUUGCGAAGUUGAACUUACCUGUGAGCUUUAAGUGAUUUACUUCCUCAGGUAGA